AUGAAAUUUUUAGCCACCAGUACAACUGCGACCACAACGACGACAACAACCACAACAACAACUACUACAACAACCACAACAACAACUACUACAACAACUACAACAACAACUACUACAACAACCACAACGACCACUACAGCCUGUGACAUAUGUACUACUAAUUAUUCUUGGAAUCGAACAGGCAUAAUUGUGGCCGAUACUAGUUCUAAUCCAAUUUCGGAUCCAAGAUGUGUUUAUUUUCAAGGAAGCGAUACAAUUUAUCUUUGUGGUCACCAGGUUGGAUAUAUUGAAAAAUGGGUCGUAAAUGCAGCUAGUCGAACUGUAGUAACCAGCAAUACUGUAGAUCAUACUGAUUAUGUUAGUUUUGACAAAUAUGGAACUAUGUAUAGCAACAAUCAUGCAAGUGAUUUUGUGCAAAGUUUUGUGUCCAAUUCUUUAAGCGGAACUAUCAUUGCUGGAAGUGGUUCAUCUAUAAGUGGUUCUCUCAAUCAUCCAACAGGUACUGCUGUCAACGAGAAUCUCACGCUUUACAUCGCUGAUCGAGACAAUGAUCGAAUAGUAAAACUCGAUAAGAAUGCAACUAGCAUUGUUACUGUAAUUAAUACCAAUGGCGUCAUUUCGAAACCUUCUGCACUUUUACUUAAGUCCUCCUCAUCGGAUCAAAUAUAUAUUAGCGACGAAGGUGGUCAAGGUGUAUAUUUGUGGACAUUUGGUGCAACGAAUCCGAAUAAAACGCUGACUAGUGUCAAUUGUAAUAGCACUCUUGAUAAACCAAGAGGGAUCAAAUUGGACACGGAUGGUAAUUUGUACGUUGCUGAUCAAGACAACAAGCGUGUAGUCAUGUUUUGCGUCAACUCAACCGAAGGCAAUGUUAUAUUAAGUUUUAAUGACAAACCAAUGGACAUUGCUUUAGAUCCUAGUCGGAAUCUAUAUGUAUUAUUGGAUAAUGGCAUAUUAUACAAACAUCAAUUACUAUAA